AUGGCUCUACCAGAAAGACCAUUGGGUUCUCUCCCACCCCAGCAGCCGCAAAGUCCCGUGUUUCCCCAGCCGAUAGCAACAGAGAGCCCGCAGCACCACCAGAAGCAAGCAGAAUCCGGACUACCAUCUCUUCCACAAAACCCUCCGCCAUGGACCGACCUGAUUAGCCCGGGUCACACUGGGGCUGGGCAGACGAAGCAAGGUUUUCCACGACGACAGCAGUCUAGCCAGCCGAACACCACGCAGCCACCGAUUCCAGGUCAACCUAUUCCGCAACAGCAAAUGCCUAUACCUCCUGAAGCGCAGCAACAACUGAUGCAACAUGCGCGUUCUCAGAAUGGGGUCCCGCAAGCUUUACUGGCAGAAGCUGUGCUUGUCCCGCAUACUAUUGGGCAGGUGGGAUCGCACGUCUUUCCUAUUGCCAAUGGCCAGUACCAGAUUCGGGUUAUCUCGUACAUGGAAGUGUUGAUUCCCAUGGUGCCAUGUCCUGCCCAGCCACCGCCUCAGUGA